UUGGUCAUUUUUCUUCUUCUUUCUUUUCUGAAAAAGUUUUAUUCACUUAUUCGCCAAUCCUGUCUUUCACCCACCAACCUCUACUCAUUGCAUAUUCUUGGUAGCGACAGAUCUCGAUUAGCACAUGACAAAAUGUGGUCAAGGAUUAACAAAAACCGCGAUCAACUUCUCCAGACAAGUGGGCAUCCAGCUGUUUCAAGUCCAAAAGGCCAGUCUGUGCUGCAGACAACAUCGGGCCACCCUCUACCCCCCAAGGGCAUCCUGAAAGACUUGCCAGCACUACCAAGGGAGCCUGUAUAUUCUCCAAACAAUGAUCGUGUGACGUCUUCUAUCUACUCGCGCGACGAUCGCGGGGUGCCAUUUAAUGAUGGAAAUAUGCUACCCAGCUCACCCACUCGCGAUUAUGCUGAGUACUCAAGAUUUAUAGAAGAACAAGAUCAACCUAACAUAUCCCCGCCUGAUAGUCCAGUCGAUGUCUCGAAUGCACAUCGUCACUCGGAUGUUUCACCCAUCGAUGACCACGGGCAUUUCUUCCCUGAACUUCACAAGCAAAGGGCAAGCCAGUUACCAGUCCCUCGGAAAAAUGGUUACGAUACGUCUGUCAAUGUUAGAAAUCAAUCGCAGGCUUCUAGUCAUCAGAUAAACACCGGUGCUCAAAGAUUUUAUGGUGCGCCGGACACGUCAACUACAUCGCGAGACACCACACCCCAAGAUCUACGAAGUGCGAGCCCCCAAGUCGGCAAAGAAGCAACUCGGUUAUUCAGUGCUGGAAAGGAGAAGCUACAAAAGUUUACCAAGACUCGCGAUCAGAAAACGCGCGAACCUAAACAAUCUCGUGAACAGUGGAAAGGGGCUAGCGGGCGCUUGCCUCUAGUUCCACCAAUUGACACAAAAGGUACCGCGAAAAGCGGUAAAAACCCUAUACAUGUACAACGGGAUACGGAGGAUCCAACGCAGGGCUAUCUUAUGACUAGGCCCGAUACGUAUACUAUUACAACUAUUACCGCCGGACCUCCUCCAGACGAAAAGCUUCGAAGCAAACCUGGUCAGUUUAGACUCCGAUCGAGAAAUACGUCACCGGAAAAGAAGGAUUCACCAAAAGAAACUAAGCACGAAGUUGAAUCCGCCGAGAGUCGCAAGGUCAGUCCGAUCAUUGAUAUUCCAGGGAUCAACCCAGCAACAUCUCGUGGUACAGGCCAGUUUUCUGACAGUAGGGCAAACACGCCUACUCUCGACGUACCAAACGAGUCCAACCUUUCCGACAUGUUUCACGACCUGAAUCUCGCUCAGGAGGGGGGAAGUCGAUUCAGCGCUACGACAUAUGCCCCAACUGAAGCUGCAACUACGCCGCCGGGGAGCAGUCAUGGUGAUAUUCCACCUAUGCCUUCGUGGGAAUACUCACCAAUUAUGACGAGAAGACGACCAAUUCCAAGCUCUGCAGCAUCAAUCAAGAGUACGAAACGGAAACCUGUCUCUAGUGGAGAGACCACGAUAACCCCAGAAGUAGACUUGAAGAACUUGUCUCCCGAGGAACAGACCCAGCAUCGCAUUGAUAGCUUGGAGGCCCAACGCAGGCAGCUUUCAUUGCGAAAAGAGAGCACUAAGGUUAUGCUCCAUGAGCUCACUGAAGUCAUUCAACCUAGUUCGAUCGCAUACGACAUGGCUACCCGUGACGAGGUCAAGAAGACUGUCACCUCACUGAAAAAUGAACUCGACGAUAUCGCCAAGCAAGAUCAUGAAAUCGGCCUAAAACUCAUACGACUCUACAAAAAUCUGAACGACAUGUCCGUGUAUGAACCGAGCCCUUUGUGGGUCAAGAGAAUCACCAGUUGAGCUCUUUUUUUCCUUUUGUGUAUAGUCUUUUCCCUUUACUUCUUUCCAUUCUGUGUGAUUAUGCAUUUGGCAUGGCCUCUUUCUUGUUCUCGUUGAAGCCGGAUCUUUAACAACAAUUUUGAUGUCUUUGCAUAGCAUGUACCAAGUUAAGCGUGAUGUUUGUCUCAUAUUUCUUGCUUGAUACCCUAUCAUUUUUUUUUGAUUCUGAUCUCUUCGUCAUGCAUGAGUGGCAAGCACUAUGCAAAAUUGUAUUCAAUUUCCAUUUGAAAAUAAAGCGCUAUGAUAUGAACACUUUGCAUGAUGCAUAAACAUCGUAAGUACAUAAACUUGCUGCUUGUAUGCUUGAAUCCGAAGUAUAUGACUGAAUCUCAUAACGAGGAACGUGCUGGGCGCAUGCCAGAGGGGGGUAUCGUUUCGAGUACUCGUCUUCGCCGGGCGCUAUGUGGCAACGAUAAAUGUGGAAAAGAAUAAUGAAUCAAUGCUCGAUUUAUUUCUUGCCGGAUUUCUUGAUGCCUUGGGAGCCGGUAUUCAAAGGACCUUUGCCUUUGGCUUUUUCCAAGAGCUCCUUCUUAGCC